UUUAUGCUUUUAUCAGUUUGUUCGUCGCACCCGUUUCGCGCACUUGUCUUCGUUGUUUGUUAUUUAUUUCAAUUUUCGACAGUCUAGUGUCUACCAGUUUCCUCUUUCGCCGUUGGGUUUUUGCGGUUAAUUUUCUAUUUUUUUUGUGCGUCAACGACCGACAAUACUAUAAUACAUUUCAUUCAAUAAAAAUAUGUCAUUUACUCCUCUUGUCAUCUGCUACCGUCGGCGUCGAUUUCAGUGACGAAUUCGGAACCACCUUCGUAGUGCGUCUGCUCACCGUUCGGUUAUCUUGUUUUACUCCCAAACCGGGUCGAAGUAAAAAGAAUUAAAAAAACCCGUCUCCAAUAACUACGUGGAUUAUCGUCUGUGACACCUGUUUGGUGGUUUGAUGUGGAAAAACAGCGAACGAUGAGUUGGGGAACGGAAUUAUGGGACCAGUACGAUAAUUUAUCGUUCCACACUCAAAAAGGCAUUGAUUUUCUUGAAAGAUAUGGGCACUUCAUCCGCGACAGAUGCCUCAUUGAAAUGGAAUACGCUGGCAAACUCAGGCGAUUGGUUAAAAAUUAUCAACCCAAAAAAAAAGAAGAAGAAGAAUAUCAGUACAGCACGUGUAAAGCUUUCAAGGCGAUGUUGUGCGAAGUGAACGAUUUGGCAGGUCAACAUGAGGUGAUCGCUGAAAAUCUCCAAUCCGACGUCAUCAGAGAAAUCAAUUAUCUAGUGAAGGACAUCAAAGAAGAGAGAAAGAAGUUGCUCCAGGACAGUGCGAAAUAUGUGGCGAUGAUCAACAACCAGGUGGCGUCACUGGAGAGGUCGCGGAAAAACUAUGAAAAAGCGUUCAAAGAGGCAGAAAGGGCUCUGGAUAACUUUCAGCGAGCCGACGCUGACCUCAACUUGUCCCGAGCCGAAGUGGAAAAGCAAAGGAUGAACAUGGCCAUCAAAAACCAGCACUGUGAGGAAUCAAAAAACGAGUAUGCCAACCAGCUGCAAAAAACCAAUGAGCUUCAGAGCCAACAUUACAAAGCGCUGAUGCCGGAGGUGUUCAGGCAGCUGCAGGAACUCGACGAGAAACGCAUUCGAAACGUCAGGCAUUUCAUGGCCCAUUCGGCGGACGUGGAACGCAACGUUUUCCCGAUCAUAAACAAGUGUCUGGACGGCAUCAUAAACGCUGCCAAUCAAGUGAACGAGAAACAAGACACGAUUUUGGUGAUAGAACGGUACAAGUCUGGUUUCGAACCACCCGGAGAUUUCCCGUUCGACGAUUUAAGCCGCGGCGGCGAAUCCACGCCGCUCAUAUUGCCCGGUAGCGGCAACACUUACGUGUCAUCGGGCGUUGGCGCCCACAGGUCCGAAUCGAUGACCGUCAAGGGCACCAUGUCGGCCGGCAAGCUGAAAAAGCGUGUGGGCCUGUUUGCCAUAUUUAGCUCCAACAAGCUAAUGGACGUAUGCAGUUCUGUAAAGAAUAAUCUUUCAUCUUCGGGCGAUAAGGAUGACUACAGUGAAUUACCGCCAAAUCAACGUCGAAAAAAGAUCCUUCAAAAAUUAGAUGAAAUGCAAGCAAAAUUACAUCAAGAAAUAGCCGCCAAAGACGGCUUAAUGAAAAUGAAAGGAGUAUACGAAUCUAACCCGGCCCUAGGUGACCCAAUGUCCACAGAAGGUCAACUGAAUGAAUGUUCCCAGCGUAUCGAUAAACUCAACUCUGAUAUAGCGAAGUACCAGGGACUUUUACAAGAAGUCGAAUGUAAUGUUAGUCCUGCGGGUACGCGUAAACAUGAAUUGGCAGAACAUAAUGGUAUCGGCAAUGGUAGCACUAACAACCUAUCCAAUCACAAUAAUAGAAUAAAUACGUCUUUAACGGAUGGACGAGCUCCUCUUGGAGAAGAUGAAUCUUUGAGCCGUUCAGCGUCUGAUUCCAGUGUUUCUAUACCUGCUGUUGGAUUAAACAAUCGAUACUCUGGUGAGACUGUAAGUCUGGGCGCUUCGCGUAACUCGUUGGCAAAUGAUGAAGAUCCUCCGCCUUAUUAUGAUAUUCACGAUUUGCCACCACUGGGAACUUGUACUGCUCUCUAUGCGUUUGAAGCUACAAGCGAAGGGUCAAUACCAAUGUUUGACGGAGAGCAACUGUUAAUCAUCGAACAAGAUCAAGGAGACGGUUGGACGCGUGUUAGAAGACAACCUCCCAAUGUUGAGGAAGGUUUUGUACCUACGUCCUACAUCUCCAUACACUCCAGCUGAACAGAGGCAUUUAUUUUAAAUGUUUACGACACCCUAUGACAUUAAAAUCAAUUGUGUAUAUACUAAACUAAAACACCCUAUCCAUAAAUAAUUUUAGACUUAUUUUUUUUUUUUUUAUGUAUAAGGUUGUGAAAAGUGCCAAUUUUUUAAUGAAAAUGAUAUUUAAUCGGUCCGAGCUCAAGUUGUCAUGUAGGAUUUUUUUUAAGUUAGGAAUUUUGUUUUUAAUUAUUAUCAUUAUUAUUAUUAUUAUUGCUUUCAGAUAAUCAAAUUUCUUUAACCAAUGUGCAAUUGAAAUGGACCAGUGGCAAAUUAUUCAUCUUGCUUGACUUUUUAUUUUUCUACUUCAGCCACUGUGUCUUAUUGUUUCCCGUCGUUUAACCCGUUGAAAGCCAAAACGAGAAUGUAAUAAGUUUUCAACUUAUAAAGAGUUUCCGUCCACCUUUAUUUUGUUUUAUUAAUCGU